GCGGACGGUGUGAUGGCCGUACGACCGUUAAUACGAGUCGUUUGUCAACGAAAACUUCUCGAAUGAUUCCUUGUUAACCAUUCUUGAAAAUGACGAUAAUUCUCUUUCUAGUCGACACGAGUGCGUCGAUGAAUCAGCGUACAUAUUUGGGGACAUCUUUGAUUGACAUUUCGAAAGCUUCCGUAGAAUCUUUCAUGAAGAUCAGGUCCCGAGAUGCAAACAGCAGAUGGGAUAGAUACAUGCUGCUGACGUUAGAGGACCCGCCGUCAAAUAUAAAGGCGGGAUGGAAAGAAAGCCACGCAACAUUUAUCAAUGAACUCAAGAAUCUGACAGCUGUUGGUCUUUCAUCACUUGGUCCAUCUCUAAAACAUGCCUUCGAUCUACUGAACAUCAACCGCAUGCAAAGUGGUAUUGAUACAUAUGGUCAGGGACGCUGCCCAUUUUACCUGGAGCCAGCUGUCAUUAUUGUUAUAACAGAUGGUGGUAAACUGACCACCACAAAUGGUGUACAGCCAGAGCUCAAUCUUCCAAUGCUGUCAACAGUUCCUGGGUCAGAACUGACAAAGGAGCCGUUUAGAUGGGACCAGCGUAUUUUUGGUUUAGUGCUUAAGAUUCCAGGGAGUGUUCCAAUGGACAUGACUGGAAAUAUGUACAUCCCUUCAGCAGAAAACCACCCACUGGACGCAAUGUGUGAGGUGACUGGAGGACGGUCAUAUGCUGUGUACACCCAGAAGAUGUUGAAUGCGACACUCGACAGUUUAGUACAGAAAGUUCAGAGUGGUGUGGUCAUCAACUUUGAGAAGAUUGGACCUGAGCCUACACCAGUACUGAUGGAAGGAAAAAUGGAUAUUGUUGACAGCAAUGGAAAUUCUAAAGAGAACCAGGAUGUGAACAAGCCUAUACAGCAGGAAGUGGAAGAUGACAAGAAAGCAGUUCUACAACAAUUACAGCAACAAAUGCCCGGCAGUAGUCAAUGGCAGAACUGCAGGAAGCUUAUAUAUGUGCCAAGAUCAGCACAAAAGGGGUACUCUGUGGGUCAUUGGCCAAUUCCUGAGGCAUACUGGCCAGACAUUUCAAGUGCUACUCUGCCUCCACGGUCAGCCCAGCCUGUUGUCAAAUUCUGCUGUACUGAUUGUGAACCAAUGGUGAUUGAGAAUCUCCCAUUUGAUAAAUAUGAGCUAGAACCUUCACCGCUGACCCAGUUUAUCCUUGAGCGCAGGCUUCCUAACACUUGUUGGCAGGUUUUCAUCAGUAACAGUGCUAAAUAUAGCGAUACAGGACAUCCGUUUGGAUAUCUAAAGGCCAGCAGUGCUCUCUCCUGUGUUAACCUCUUCAUCAUGCCAUACAACUACCCUGUACUGCUGCCUCUCCUUGAUGAACUUUUUAAAGUACAUAAACUGAAGAUAUGUCCUAAAUGGCGACAGCAGUUUGAUGGGUACAUUAAGACGAUGCCACCAUAUUAUGCUGGGCCUUUGAGGCGAGCAUUGGCACGAAUGGGAGCUCCAAACCUGGUGCCUGAUACAAUGGACAAUAACCUUAGUUACACAGUCAUAACCUACUUGAAAAAACUAAAAAAUCAGGCCAAGGUGGAGAUGGACCGAUUGAUAGCCUCAGUUGGUCAGAAAGUCCCCCUCAAUGAUGGAAUCAAGGUUGACUCACGGACCAAGACAUCAAUUUUACAAAGAAAAGAUUUUAACCAGUUACUGCAAAAUGUUGGAGGAAAUAUUCAGAGCCUAAAACAGGAACUAACGGACUUCAAUACAUUCACAAUGGCUGUGGCUGAUCCUAGCAUUCUUCCUCAGUAUUACCGUAACCCAUAUGACAUUCCGCGUUCACGUUUACUUGACCAAAUUUCCCGUAUGAAAAUGAAUUUCUUACAGAAAUCAUACAGCAAUACGAAAUUGGUUGAUCAUGAUCAGAUGCAUAAUGUUCCUAUACAACAAAUGGGUAAUUAUCAAGAUUACCUGAAGAAACAGCCACCAUUACUUCGGGAGCUGGAAAACCAGCCGUCACGGGUGCACAUGUUUGGAAAUCCAUUUAAAGUCAAGAAUUUCAAUAUGGUAGAUGAGGCAGAUGAAGCCAAUUUUGGUCAGCAGCCAGUGAAAAAACGACAUCAUGAGAGUCCAUCAGUUUCCCCAGGACCAAAGCGCCGGAAAGCAGGUCCCUUACCUAGAGAUAUCAAGUACCGUCGACCAAGUUCUCCCUCCCCUGGAUCUACACCCCCUGCUUCUCCUGCUCCCCAAUCCCCAGAUACAGAUAGUUCCAUGUCAGAUACAGAGACUAUGGAGACGGAAUCUGUUACCUCCGAUGAUGGAAAUAUGUCAGAGGACGAAUCUCCGCUAGUGAUAGCCGAUAUUGAACAAGACAAAGUGACUAAUCAUGUAAUUGAAAACAGUGUGAAUCAUUUAAAUUCUCCUAGUGCUCUAAAAAACAAUGUGUCAGAAGUGGAGAAUGUACGUGAUCGUACUCAUGGACAUGAAAUUAGCAGCAAGAAGGAGGCGAAUAUGUGGUCUCACAAUACCAGAUUACGGCACACGUUAUUUAAAGAAAUGAAACGCCCGGGACGCAAUUACGAUGCUUUAUUCAAUCAUCUAAACACAGUGCAAGGGAGUGUGGACAUGAAAAGUGCAUUUGUCCGUGAUGUGAUACGUGAGGCGGGACGUUUUAAGAAAAAGGUGCUUAUUCAGAUGUUAGAGCAGUACUGUAAAUCUUUAAUCCAAUCAGAAAGCCGUAAGCGGGCUCCCAUAUCAACUGGACAAUGGAAUUCUGGCAGAUGAUAUUAAAUGUGAAAGGGGAACAAAUUCGUAACCUCCAAAUGGCUGCUCACCAAAACCUCUCGACAGCUAGUGAUACAAAACCCUGUCAUCUUGCAACAAUGUUUAGAGAUGUUCCAAAGCUAUUCUGGUAUAAAUUUGAUUCUACCCAAGGAUUCCAGACUAAAUUCAUGGUGGAGUUUCCAGUCUAUUUAUUACUUGUAUGUAUAUUAUUUCCUAAAGGAAACCUGGAGUAUUUGGAUGAGGAAGACAUUUUAUUGGAAUAGUUUAAAUAAGGAAAAAGGUAAUUUCAUUGAAUUUUCUAGAACAUCUGCUGAAUAACUAAGAAUCUCUAUGACCAGGGAGGUAGAUAGGGUUUGCUGCAUUCAGGAGAGUAUUACCAUUUCCAGCACUCCUUCGAGAACCUUACAUUGAAUUUGGAAUUAAUUUUGUUGACACCCGCUGAAGAUCCUGAAAAUAUAGCGUUUUGUGAUAUCAACCCACCGGAUAUUCAUUUUGAGAGAAAGAUUCCCCAAAGGACAAAGUUAACUAAAAUUGAUCAAAGAUAUGUCGUCCCCACAAGGUCGGCCUUGCGUCUGUGAUAUUUUCUUCAUGUUCAUUUUUCCCAAUUCAUUUCACUGCACUUUAUGUAUUGUUUUCCAUGUCACUGUUGAUGGUUGAGUAAUCCAUUUCACUGUAGACUGCAAUGUCAUCCAUUUCACUGAAAACUGCAGUGUCCACCAUUAUACUAUAGAAUGCAGUUUCCACCAUUAUACUGUAGUCGGCAGUGUUACACAAAUCACUGUAGACUGCAGUGUCAUGUAUUUCACUGUAGACUGCAGUGUCAUGUAUUUCACUGUAGACUGCAGUGUCAUUUAUUACACUGUAGACUGCAGUGUCAUUUAUUUCACUGUAGACUUCAGUGUCAUUUAUUACACUGUAGACUUCAGUGUCAUUUAUUUCACCGCAGAUUGCAGUGUCAUUUUUCUCACUGUAGACUGCAGUGUCAUUUAUUUCACCGUAGACUUCAGUGUCAUUUAUUUCACUGUAGACUGCAGUGUCAUUUAUUUCACCGUAGACUUCAGUGUCAUUUAUCUCACUGUAGACUGCAGUGUCAUUUAUUUCACUGUAGACUGCGAUGUCAUUUAUUUCACUGUAGACUUCGGUGUUAUUCAUGUCACUGUAGACUGCAGUGUCAUGUAUUUCACUGUAUACUUCGUUGUCAUUCAUGUCACAGUGGACUCCAGUGUCAUUUCACAGUAGACUAUGUAUGGUGUCAUUCAUUUCUCUGUGGACAGCAGUGUCCUUCAAACAUCAAGAAUAUCAAACCAAGCUGUUGUAUUCAUUUCUGUACAACAUCCCAAUGAAACCCAUUUAAUAAUGAUUUAGCAAAAAGAAAUUUUGGAUUACAAAUGAUUUGUGUUACAUGAUUAUAAAUUAUGAUUUGAACCAGUUAUUGGUGAGGAUUAGAACAUGAUGUAGGUUCAAUAGCAUACAUAUCUGAUUGGUAUUUAGCAUUCCAUUUAUCUAUAGUAAUUCUGAUAACAUUUUCAAUAGCUGGGUUUCAUUGCUAUGGAAAUUGAUAGUGUAUAGAUGUUAUGAUAACAGGUUAUCCAUUUAUUCAGUAUUUAGUAAAGACAAAAUUAAAUUCAAAUAACUUUUUGUUUAAACUUUUAUCCAGUGUUUUUGUUACUGAUUGCAACAUUUAUGGUUUCUCCCGUUUGUACUCCAGCUUGUUUACAACUCAUUUUUUUAAGGAUUUGUUAUUUCUUUAUUUCUAACCACAAUUGGAUAUUUGAUACAUAUAUAAAAUUUAAUUGAUUCCAUUAAUAUAAUGAAUAAAAGUAUUUUGUGGGUGUAAACUUUGUGACUAAGGUAUUGAGUGAACAAAAUAGUUCUGAAGAGAGAGUCAUGCAUUCAGUUUUUUUUUCUCAGAGUCUGAAUGAAAAAAAAUGUUAUUAUAAAUAAUAGGUUAAAAGUUUUAAUUAUAUGGUGUAGUCAAGAGAAUUGAAUGAAUCAGAGCAGUUUUAGCGGGUAAAAGGAAUAUCGUGCUUACUGCCAUGUGUCUUGUUCAAACUGAUCCUCACCAAUAACUCUCACAUCAACCAUUAAUUCUGAAGUGUCCAAAGUAUAAAUGAAUGCAAGUUGUUGAUGUGGAUGUUUAAGCUUGGAUGUUUAUUCUUGUUGAAAUGUAGAUGUUCAAAUGAGAUUAGAUGUAUAAAAUAAAAUGGUGUAUGCAUUUUACAUGAGACUCCUCAGAACAAUUUUUGUCGAGAAAAUUGUCAAAAUAAAAUCCCUAGGCCUGACACUUAUAUUUUUGCAUUCAUGUUUUAGCAUGGUAAUUUUAUUUGAAAUUCCUGGAUUAUGCUGCAAAAUAUCACACUACAUAUUAUUUACAAUAUACAUAUUACAAAAAAUAGUGCUAAAUCAUUGUCAGAUUUUUGGAAAUUAUAAUGAAAAUAUUUGAGUUGGAUUUAAUAGUAUUUCUGUUCUGAUAUCAGUAAAAUGUUUGUGAUUCCCUACCAUUGUAUGGCUGUUAUAAAGUGUAACUUGUUACAUGGCGGUGCAGUUACACAGUGCUGAAAAUAAACCUCAUGUUCAGAGAAAUAAAAUGUUUUAUAACUUUACAAUACAUGUUGUACUCUUAUUGAUAAUGUACAUGUUUAAAUAACUACAACAAAGAUAGAAACUAAAUUCAGAUACCUAGAGUAUAUGAUAAUGAUAAUACAUAGGAUAUUGGGUAUUUUGAUGUGAUGGACAAGUUGUAGAGCAAUAACUGCCGGUUAACUUUUCGUCAAGGAACAUUUGGGAUAUCCUUACAUUUAAGUAUAUCAUAUUUUGUCAGAAAUGUUAGCAACUUGCCACAAGUUGUAACUUCUAUAAUAAAACUUUCCCUAUAUCAGAACAAGGAAUCUGAUAUACUAGUAAUUAACAUGUUCCUGCCCUAUACAAAACCUUCAUUGUUUAUAGAGGGUCUGUCAGAUUUAGAGUUAAAUCAAAGAUAAUUUUGGAAGGCAGAAGAAAUAGUAUUCUUCAAAACCUUCGUGUGAAAAUGCUCCAAAGUAUUAGGGACUUUCAGAUACGCUUAAGUGACACACUUUACCGUUUCCUUUUACCGAACUCACAGGGGUUAAAACUACUUUUUUAUCAAGGUCACAGAGGUCAAAACUAACUGCUUCUUCGGUCUGUUUUUGUCUAGUGACAUGCUGGCAUGACCUGGACACUUUGUCACCCGCUCAGGCCUUCUGACUAACAUCGAUGGGCACGAUGUUAAGCUAGUGGGAUUAAAUUAAUAGACUUACAAAGUCACACACCAGUGCCAUCAAGAUUGUUCUAAAUGAGUGACCUUGACCGACAUGAAAGUCACGGCAUUUGUUAAGGUCAUAGAAAUUUUAUUUUUUAAAACAUUUUCUUCUUAAUAAAUCCCUGAACAAACUUCAAACCGAGCCUUCUCUUCUACCUACACAAUGUACUAUGCGAGCUGUACAGCCCAUAAUACGUUUGUUAGAAAGAACCACUUUUUAUCACUGAAAAAGUGUACAAAUAAAACUACUGGUACCGACCUAGUAGAAAUCGCUGACAAUAAUUAGGAUUCAAUUGCUACAAUUACUGCUGCUUUCUCAAGUCUUUUACAUUUCCGAAGCGAACAAGUCAUUGUGAAAAAGGCGAACACAUUGCCUUCAGUGACCUCGCGCUGCUGACUAGAAAAGCAUGAACGUUCUUAACGUAACAACGCCAUCUAUUAAACAAUAGGCCAAUAUUGAUGUGCCUCUGUGAUAAAUUGCAUCGCCGAGAGAAUGUCACCAUUAUCAUAUUCAUAUUUUUUUGUCGCUCACAUUGUUUACAUUUGUAUUGUUUACAAAUCGACAAUUUUUCAUGUAUUAAAUUUGACUAAAAACUUAA